GGUUAGUUUUUUUUUUCUCUGAGGGGCAACAAAACACAGCACACUCCAGUUUGUUUGAUGUAUUUUCUCUCUCAGAAACACUUUUUUUUUAGCGUUUUAAGAUUUAGUCUUAGUUAACUCUGGAGCGAUGCAGUGUUGUGGGAUCGGGAACCGAGGCGCCAGGAAAACAAAGGAGACGGCGGAUCUCCCACCUCCUCGCCCCUGCCUUAAUGUGGAGCACACAAAGCCAUGUUAGUUAGCUUCUAAGCAAGCUAACUCCAAACCCAAACAGCUGUUUUUUGUUUUGUUUGUUUUUUGGGGGGAUACUACGGCUUUUAACAUGACAUAAAGCAUAUAAAUAACAUAAAGCAUAUAAAGCCUGUCUUUUAGUUUUGUAAUCUAACGUUACAGUUUUGUUGUCAGGGUCUAUUUAACGCUAGGUUAGCUAGGUAGCGUUAAUAGUUAGUUUGCUAGGUUAUCUUAACUUAAUAGGUUAGCGAAGCUAAGCUAGUUAGAGCUAACCUAUAGCGUUAGCUAACUAGCUAACUUGGACCCAGCAGGGCUUGUUUAUCUUUCUCCAGAGAUUUAAUUAGCAUGUUAGCUUGCUAAUUAAAGACCGCCCCCGCUUCUCUCCGUCUGUAUCGCCCAAGAGAAGCGAGAAAUGUCGGUUUGCGGUGUCUGGCCGCUGCUCCUGGUUCUGUUGCUGUUUGGAGGCGCAGACUCUGCUCUAUCAUCUGACUGUAAAACCUACGAUGAGCGAUCCCGAAACGCGGGUAAAGGCUCGCCGUCAGUGGCCACCGCGGACAGGAAAGUGGUGUGCAGCAACAUGGAGCUCCUUCAGGUGCUGCCCCCGGAGUCCUUUCCCAACAGGACAGUCACACUGAUUUUGAGCAACAAUAAAAUCCAGGAUCUACUAAAUGGCUCCUUUGCUGGUUUAUCUACGCUUGAGAGACUGGAUAUAAAGAAUAACAUCAUCAGUCGCAUUGAGCCGGGAGCCUUCCUUGGACUUACUGCUCUUAAAAGACUGGAUUUGUCCAAUAACCGCAUCGGCUGCCUCAAUGUGGAUAUAUUCAAAGGCCUUACAAAUCUUGUCAAACUCAAUCUUUCAGGCAACAUGUUUUCAUCUCUGUCUCAAGGGACCUUUGACAGCCUCGUAUCUCUGAAAACACUGGAGUUUCAGAGCCCCUAUCUGCUGUGUGACUGUAAUCUGCAAUGGCUGCUGCGCUGGAUCAAAGAGAAGAGUGUAGGCGUGAAGGACACACACUGCUCCUACCCUCGCUCUCUGCAGGGUCUGCUCGUAACAUCCAUCAAGCCUGAAACUCUAACCUGUGAUGCACCCCUGGAGCUUCCUUCUUUCCAGAUGACUCCAUCCCAGCAUCAGAUCGUCUUCCAGGGGGACAGCCUGCCCUUCCAGUGCAUGGCCUCCUUUGUGGAUGAGGAUAUGCAGGUGCUCUGGUACCAGGAUGGAAAAAUGGUGGAGCCUGAUGCUACUCAGGGCAUCUACAUAGAGAAGAGCAUGGUGCAGAACUGCUCCCUCAUUGCCAGUGCCUUGACCAUCUCCAACAUUCAGCCAGGCUUCACAGGGGACUGGGAGUGCCGUGUGAGGACCAGCCGAGGCAACAACACCCGCACCGUCCACAUCGUGGUUCUGGAGAGCUCUGCCAAGUACUGUGCUCCUGAAAGGGUUUCCAACAACAAGGGAGAGUACAGAUGGCCACGCACACUGGCUGGCAUCACCGCGUACCUGCCCUGUGCACGGCAGGUGACUGGUACAGGCAUCUACUCGGGCAGCUCGGCUGAAGACCGCCGUGCAAGGAGGCGCUGUGACCGCACUGGCCACUGGGCCGAAGAGGACUACUCCCGCUGCGAGUACAUGAAGGACACCACCCGCGUUCUCCAUAUCAUCAACCAGAUGGCUCUGAACCUGACCAAUGCCGUGCACACAGCCCAGCAGCUCCUGGCUUAUACUGUGGAAGCUCCGAACUUCUCUGACAAGGUGGAUGUGAUCUUUGUUGCCGAGAUGAUUGAGAAGAUUGGGACGUUUGCUGAAAAAUAUAAAGAGCUAGGGGACGUGAUGGUGGAUAUCUCCAGUAAUCUGAUGCUGACUGAUGAGCGAGUGUUGUGGAUGGCACAGAAGGAGGCGCGAGCUUGUUCCCGUAUCGUUGAGAGUCUGCAGAAGAUUGCUGUACUCCGAUUGGCCAGUGGAUCUUACUUUACUAACUCCCACAACAUUGCAGUAGAAGCACAUGUGAUCAAGGCCAGCAGCUUCAACGGCAUGACCUGCACAUUGUUCCAGAAGGUGGCGCCAGAGCGCACUUUGAUUCCUCACCUCGGAGCUCUAAACCCUGAUAUGAACCUGGACCGCCAACUCAGCUUUAAAUGCAAUGUCACCAGCAAUCUCUCAGCCUUGGCAUUAAAGAACACAAUAGUAGAGGCAUCAGUCCAGCUUCCUCCAGCUCUCUUCUCCUCUCUGCUCAGCCCGGGUCAGAGUGAUGACACAGUCUAUAAACUUCAGCUUCUUGCUUUCCGCAAUGGCAAACUCUUCCCUCCCACUGGCAACUCAACCAUGCUGGCUGAGGGCAGCAAGAGGAGAAGCGUGGUCACACCUGUGAUCCUCACCAAGAUCGAGGGCGUCUCAUUAAAGCCUCUGCGCAGUCCGGUGAAUGUGACUCUGCGUCGUUUCCUGCACGGCUCGGACCCCGUGGCCGCCCGUUGGGAUUUCGGUGUGCUGGACGGUCAGGGUGGCUGGCAGUCUGAAGGCUGCCGGAUCCUUCAUCACGAUGAUAAUUUCACUACACUGUCCUGUGACUCACUCAGUAACUACGCUCUGUUGAUGGAUCUGAGUAGGACAGAUAUCGUCACAUACAGCUUCAAGCCUCUCCACCCAGUCAUUUAUGCCACAGCUAUUGUACUGGUGCUCUGUCUGCUGGCCAUUAUAGUCAGCUACAUCUACCACCACAGGUCUGUGCGUGUCAGCAAGAAGAGCUGGCACAUGCUGGUUAACCUGUGUCUGCAUAUUCUCCUCACCUGUGCUGCAUUUGCUGGGGGCAUCAACCAGACUCGCUAUGCCAGUGUGUGCCAAGCGGUGGGAAUAGUGCUGCACUACUCUACAUUGGCUACAGCCCUGUGGUCAGGAGUUACUGCAAGGAACAUCUACAAACAGCUCACACGCAAGACCAAACAAUAUGAGGAACUGGAUGAACCUCCACCUCCCCCCAGACCCAUGCUGAGAUUCUAUUUGAUUGGUGGUGGAAUACCGAUCAUUGUUUGUGGCAUAACUGCAGCUGCUAACAUCAAGAACUACGGCAGUCGAACCAGUGCUCCUUACUGUUGGAUGGCUUGGGAGCCCAGUCUCGGAGCGUUUUACGGUCCAGCGGCCUUCAUCGUCUUUGUGGACUGCAUGUACUUCCUGAGCAUCCUCCUUCAGCUGCGUCGCCAUCCUGAGAGACGCUUUGAACUCAAAGAACAGUCUGAAGAGCAGCAGCGGCUGUCCGUGGCCGAGAUUGCCGAGGUCCCCCCUGCGAAUGGGGACGUGUCGUCUGUGUCUGGCAUGCAGCCAGUGUCCUUGUCAGCGCUGGAGAACGAGCAUACGUUUGCCGCUCAGCUCCUCGGCGUGGCCGGAGCCUUGGCUCUUUAUAUAGUGCUUUGGAUAUUUGGCGCAUUGGCUGUUUCUCAGGAGCAUCCGAUAGAUCUGGUGUUCGCUUGCCUUUUUGGAGUAGCUGCUUUGGCGCUGGGCGCGUUCCUAGUGGCCCGUCACUGCAUCAGUCGCCAAGACAUGCGCCGGCACUGGUCACGGGCUUGCUGCCUCGUUCGAAGGAACUACGCGGUCCAAGUUGACGCCCUGCUUGUGCCGUUGCCAGGGGCUGCUGGGAGUGAAUCAGCCGCUACGGGCAAUGGGGAGUCUGUAAGGUGUCCUGCUAGUGGCACUGAAUCAUCAUGCACCAACAAGAGCGCACCAAGUCUGCGCAAUUCUAACCAGGGCUGCAAGUUAACCAAUCUGCAGGUGGAAGCGGCCCAGUGCAAGUCAAUCCCUGCUCCGUCCAAUGGUGUCCCUCUGCUGGACAACAGCUUAACAGAACACUCGUUGGAUAAUGAGAUCAAGAUGCACGUCACGCCUGUUGAGGUCCAGUAUCGCCCCGUUGGCAACAACGGUCACCCCGGGAUGGGGAGCUCAAGUGUCAACGGACAUUCGGUACGGCACCACAAGAACCGGGCACGGGCACACCGAGCUAGCCGCCUGACUGUUUUACGCGAGUAUGCUUAUGACGUGCCCACCAGUGUGGAGGGAAGCGUCCAGAGUGCCCCUCAAAGACGGCAUCACCACGACAGCCUGCAUGCCCGCAACAGCCGGCGAGCAGCCUACUUGGCUUACCGCGAGCGGCAGCAGAGCCAGCUUCAGCAGGACAGCAGCGAUGCAAGUGCUAGCCUGCCGCGCCGCUCCCGCCAUUUCGACAGAAACGCCAACAAGGGCGGGGGCAUUAACCUUGGCAACGGCCGCCUGGGAAAAAGCCUCGGGAAUGGACUUACAGGCAGCCUGGGAAACGGCCUCGGCAGCAGCCAAAGCAACAGCCAAAGCAAUGGAGUCAGUAACGGGUGUGCAGUAGUAGUAGCAGCAGCAGUAGGAGAGGGAGCUGAGACUGAAUUAUCCAGCCCAGUUAAAGACUGCCCAAAGCAGCCCCUCCCUGUUGAACUGGAGGUGCAGCCCAAAUCGUACGGGCUGAACUUAGCCUCAGAGAACGGACCGAACGCUAAAAACUCAGAAAGGCCACAGAAUUUGCCGUAUCUGAGUAUAGAGAAUUCAGGCAGCAUUAAGACUGGUCUAUGGAAACAUGAAACUACCGUGUAGCAAACAACGUUCCCUCCUCAUAGACUCUUUAUACUUUUACUUUUUCAGUAUAACUGUGAACUUCCUGUUUUUUUUAAUAAUUAUUUUAGACUAUAUAGUUUAAAUGCAGGAAAAAAAAGAAUUUAUAUUUGAACUGUUUGUAUUCAAAGUUGAAAAAAACUAUAAACUAUUAGUAUACCACUUGCCAAUUGUUAUCAACGAUCUCAUCAAAAGGUCUAUUUUUGUACUGUUUUUCUCCUUUCCGAAUGUAAAUGACAAAUGAUUUUGUAUGUGAAAACACACAGCGUUCUUGCUGUGCAUCCUAUGGGUAUAGGUCUAGUGACUAGAUCAUCUUAAUGGAUUAGAUCUUAUGCUCUAACCUGUUUUGGAUUAAUUAAACUGUUAAACUGUU